AUGGCCAACAAAGACUUCACCCGUUUCACCAACCACAUCGUCCAAUACUUCUGGGACCCUCCUCCCCGCAACGACGACCCCUCCGCCAUCUGGUGUCUCGGCCGCCGCUACGACUCCCGCUACCUCGAUGCCCGCCAGGCAAAAGUCACCAGCACCGGCACCGGUACUGGCACCUCCCCCUCCGCGCACUCAGAUAUCUCCCAAGCCGACUCCGCCGUCGUAACGGAUGCGGGACAGAAGAGUUCCGAGAGCGCGGAGAACGGGAAGGAUGAUCUCUCCACCAUCAAUAACCUCACCCACUCUGAGGAAGAAGAAGCACUAGGCUGGCCGACGGACUUCCUAGAUGAUAUGGAGGCGAGGAUCUGGCUUUCCUACCGCAGCAACUUCCCGCCCAUCUCCAAAUCCUCAGACCCUGCCGCUACGUCCGCCAUGUCCUUUUCCACCAAACUCCGCAAUCUGGGGAACCAGGGGGGUUUCACAAGCGAUACGGGAUGGGGGUGUAUGAUUCGCAGUGGGCAGUCUCUUCUCGCUAAUAGUCUGGCCAUGCUGAAGUUGGGUCGAGAGUGGAGGCUGACGAGUGGAGGGAUGGAGCAGGUGCAUAAAGACCUCUUGGCUUUGUUUGCCGAUACGCCCGAGGCGCCGUUCAGUCUGCAUAAAUUCGUCGAGCAUGGCGCGCAGGCUUGUGGGAAGCAUCCGGGGGAAUGGUUUGGGCCGAGUGCUACGGCGAGGAGUUUACAAGCCCUGACAGACAAGUUCCCCUCCGCUGGGCUUAGAGUCUACUCCCGUCCAGACGACAGCGACGUCUACGCCGAACAACUCUUUGCCACCGCCGGGCAGAAAGACGCAGAUGGCAGCUUCCAACCUACCCUCAUUGUCUUGGGAGUGAGAUUAGGCAUCGAUCGCAUCACCCCCGUCUACCACGCCGCGCUGAAAUCCGCCCUGGAAAUGCCGCAAUCGGUCGGGAUCGCGGGGGGGAGGCCCAGUAGCAGCCAUUACUUCAUCGGGCAUCAAAACGACCAGUUCUUCUAUCUCGACCCUCACACCACGCGUCCCGCACUCCCUCCCAAUCCCUCAGCGGCCGAUAUAGAGACCUGUCAUACCCGCCGCUUACGCAGACUGGGCACCGCGGAAAUGGACCCUUCCAUGCUUCUUGGCUUCCUGAUCCGAUCGAAGGAGGAUUUUGAGAAGUGGAGGAAGGAGGUAGAAGAGGCGGAGGGGAAGGCUAUCAUACAUGUUCAUGAUCGCGAGCCGGUUUACAAACGCAGUUUCGAGCGGCCGGGGGCGGUGGACGAGGUGGAGGCGUGGGAUGAUGAGGUUACGGGGGAGGAGGAUGAUGAUGAUGAGGAAGGGGAGGAGGGGGUGCGGGCAUGA